AGGUUCUGUUGGAGAUCAGGUUGGGUUUAAAUAAAGGUUUCAUCACAGUGUAAGAGAACUUCCAUCCAUCUUCUGAUCCAGACUCUCUUGGUGGCAGCAGAUCAUUCCAGAUCUUCCUUUACCAGACGUAUUUGGUUCCUGGGGGAACCCGAGGUCUUCUCAGGCCAAAUGAGAUAUGUGAUCUCUUGUAAAUCCUCAGAUUAAGGAGGAACCGUGUCAUUACCUCAUGGUGAUGAAACAGUUUAUCCUGCAGAGCUGCUGAGAAGAUUAUGGGAGUUAGACCUAUAACUGUGUUCUCUAGAGAACCCCAUAGGAGGUUCUGCUGGAGUGUACAACCAUCUCCGAUCUGUUUGUGAUAUUCAUGGUCCAUAGAUUCAUGGAUCUGAAGGAGGUCAGAACUUCAGAGUGUGUGGAUUCUGUUGCUUCAUGACGUGGACAGAUGAGUCAGCAGCUGAGGUUCUCUGAUAGAACCCGGUGGAUUUUUCCUCUGGUUGGAAGAGAAGGAUUGUCAGUUUCUGAGGAUCUUCCUCAGAGUGAUGGUUAGAUGUAGUGAGAUAGCUGGAUGGAUCAGUUCAGCCUCAGCAGUGAUGAAGGUGUUUAACGGACCUUCAUAAUGAAGGUAAAGUUCUCAACUUAACAGUCGGUCUUUGUUCCACCGUUCUACUGGGAUCAUUAGAUAUGGUUUAGAGAACCAAAUGAGGAGAUCCAAGCAUGAAACGAGCUUUAAGGGUUUCUCAACUCAGUCCUAAAGAAGCUGAAGAGUUCAGAGUAGAAACACUUCUUCUACAAGGAUCCAGCUGAGGUGGUUCAACAUCAGGAUCCUCCUUCUUUUGAGGUUUCCAGCUGGGAGGAGAACUCAGGUAGAACCACAACUUUGCAGGAGUUACAUAUCUCAUCUGGCCUGAAGGCAGAGUUUCACUGAAGAGAGGAACAUCUGGAAAGAUCUGUCUAAUCUGCUGCCAUGGAGACCGACCCAGAUAAGUAGGAGAUGGAUGGCAGUGAGUUCGGGUUCUCAGAGAAGGAUCAACAUUCAUUUAAAACCAAUAAGAAUGAGGAACAGGAUCCAGACAGAAGGUCCAGGUGCUGUGGCCAGAAGGUCCAGGUGCUGUGGUUAGAAGGUCCAGGUGCUGUAGACAGAAGGUCCAGGUGCUGUAGACAGAAGGUCCAGGUGCUGUGGUCAGAGGGUCUAGGCGCUCCUCUGGUGGUUCAAACUGUAUUUCUUCUGUUGGCAGUUAUUCCUGAACUCUGCGAGGACAAAAACGGUGGCUGUGAACAUUUCUGCAAUGUGAUCCAAGGCAGGGUCCAGUGUUCCUGCGCUGAUGGAUACUUCUUAGCAUCGGACCAUAAAUCCUGCAACUCCAACGAGAAAUUCAAAUGUGGCGCCCUCGUCACGGAAGACGUCCGGAGCGUCUUCAGGUAUGAAAGGAAGAUGACAGCUAAUGUGACGACGGAGACGGUGACGGUGGAGAAAGUGACGGUGGAGAACGUGACGGUGGAGAACGUGACGGUGGAGAACGUGACGGUGGAGAACGUGACGGGCCUGAACAUUACCAUCAAUGGCACCGAGCAGAGGAUCAUCUCUCAGAUUCCCGGAAUGACUCGCAUCGUCAACGGAGAGGCCUGUCCACCUGGAGAGUGUCCAUGGCAGGCUCUGCUCCUCAACGAGGACGACCAGGGGUUCUGUGGCGGAACAAUUCUUAACGAAUACAUCAUCCUGACCGCCGCACACUGCAUGAACAAAUCACAGUACAUCUACGUCAAGCUCGGUGAGUUCGACACGUUGGUGGAUGAAGUUAACGAAGUGGCCCACACGGUGGACACCAUCAUAACCCACAGCAGGUACCAACCCAACACCUACCACAACGACAUCGCCCUCAUUAAACUGGCCACGCCCAUCAAGUUCAGCAGGUACAUCCUGCCGGCCUGCUUACCUGAGCAAGACUUCGCCGAAAAGGUCCUGAUGAAUCAGCCCAAUGGGAUGGUCAGCGGUUUUGGGCGUCUGGGUGAAGGUUGGCAGACGUCCACCAUCCUGCAGCGCCUCAGCGUUCCGUACGUUGCUCGAUGGACCUGCUUAGAGUCCACAACGCUGAGGAUCUCCUCCCGCAUGUUCUGCGCCGGGUACGACUCCAUUGCCAAGGACGCCUGUCAGGGUGACGGCGGCGGCCCACACGUCACACGCUACCGGGACACCUACUUCGUGACAGGCAUCGUGAGCUGGGGCGAAGGCUGCGCCCGCAGGGGAAAGUACGGCAUCUACACCCAGGUGUCCAAGUUCACCCGCUGGAUCCAAGAGGGCAUCAACCGGCUGGUUCCCAAGGACAAGAACGGAGCCCGCAGGAAGAGGAACCAUGACCCCAUCAAGAGGCUGGUCAUGUAACAUGGCUUGAACAUGGCUGGAACAUGUCUGUAAUACUCUGUAAUGCCUGUAGCACAUCUACUGCAACACGCCUAUAACACUUCUACUACAACAUGCUUAUAACACGUCUACUACAACAUGUCUGUAACACAUCUACUAUAACACGCCUAUAACAUGCCUGUAAUAUGUCUACUACAACCACAUGCCUGCAACAUGUCUACUACAUGCCUGAAUAUGUCUACUACAACAUGUCUACUACAACAUGCCUGUAUCAUGUCUACUACAACAUGCCUAUAACAUGUCUACUACAACAUGUCUCUAACACAUCUACUAUAACAUGCCCAUAAUGUCUACUACAACACGCUUGUAACACUUCUACUACAACAUGCUUAUAACAUGUCUACUACAACAUGUCUCUAACACAUCUACUAUAACAUGCCCAUAAUAUGUCCACUACAACACGUCUGUAACAUAUCUACUACAUUCCUGCAACAUGGCUACAACAUGCCUGUAACAUGUCUACUACAUGCCUGUAACAUGUCUACUACAUGCCUGUAACAUGUCUACUACAUGCCUGUAACAUGUCUACUACAUGCCUGUAACAUGUCUACUACAUGCCUGUAAUAUGUCUACUACAUGCCUGUAACAUGUCUACUACAACCACAUGCCUGUAACAUGUCUACUACAUGCCUGUAACAUGUCUACUACAACCACAUGCCUGUAACAUGUCUACUACAUGCCUGUAAUAUGUCUACUACAUGCCUGUAACAUGUCUACUACAACAUGCCUGUAACACAUCAACUACACACGUCAGUACUCAGCUGCAGGACCGAUCAUAUCUGAGCCACAGAACCAAUGUUGACUUUGGUCCAGUCAGUAGCUGGUUUGGUUCUCCAGGUUCUCGUCUCAGUUGUUCACAUGUUCUAUGUGGUUCUUGACAUGAGGCAGCAGAACCGUCGGUGGAAACAUCUGGAGAAAGACCUAUAUCUUCAUCAAGCAGAAAAAAACAGGCAACCUGUUUAUUUUAAAACAUGAAGUCAGUUUGUUGUUUCUUCAACCAGAACCGGCUAUUGGUUCUAGUUUGAGAUGUUUGAUGGUUAAACAGGUUCUAUUUCCUCGUAUUUCAUCACAUGUUAAACUGAAUCCAGCAGCUUCCAGUGGAACUUAGUUUCAUCUUUAAUCUUCUGUCAACCAAACACCUGUUUUUGUGGGGGGGGUUUCUUGUUUUUGCCUGAAAUGAGAUGAAGAUAAAAUAAAGACCAACUGAGAACUAAA